AUGACAACAUCAAAGAAGGAUAUGAAACGGAAUGAAAUCGUUUCACUUUGUGUGUUCGCCACAAUAUCGCUUAUUCUGAUGAUCAGGUACUCAUUCGCACUUACUGUUCUGAUCAUCGCCGUUUUUCACCAGUUCUAUUGGCGCAGACGCGGCCUUCCGCCUGGACCGAUACCCUUGCCACUGAUUGGAAACACCCUAUCGAUCAACAUGCGUAACCCGGCAAAGACAUUCAGUCAGUGGCAUGUUCUUUAUGGGCCCAUCUACACCGUGUGGCUUCCGCAUCCGAUGAUCGUCAUGGCGAGUCACGAAGUGCUUAAGGAGUCACUCAUUCGCCAAGGAGCUGCUUUUGCUGGCCGCCCUUCUGGGUACAUAUGGUCAAUGUUCACGAAGGACUCAGUUCAUGGCGAUGGAAUCAUUCUUUGUGAAGGCGAGAGAUGGGAACAAAUCCGGGAAUUUGCUCAUAAGAUAUUCAGGAAUUUCGGUCUUGGCCGAAUACAAAUGGAGGAGAAAAUAACACAUCACAUCGAUUACAUGAUUGGUCACAUUGAUGCAAAACUAUAUGGCAAACAGCAAAUCAAGUUGGAUAUGGAAGAACCAAUCUCACUCUGCGUAGCGAACAUUAUCCAGGACUUUGUUCUCGGAAAAUGGCACAAAUUUGGUGAUCCUCAAUUUCGCAUGUUCAAAAACCUCAUCGAUGCCGUGCUGUCCGACGUUGCUUCGAAGUCAGUCCAACUCGUCAAUGCGUAUCCAGUGCUGGCCUGUCUUCCAAUUCCGGCUUUGAGGAGAUAUAGGGAAAAUGGAUUUGCACUUCAAAGGUACUUUUUAAAUGCGAUACGUGAGCACGAGCAGCAUUUAGAAAUGGAUGGAGAGCCCCGAGAUUUUAUAGAGGCAUACCUAAGAGAGAUGGCUGUACAAAAAGAUAAUCCUCAUUUUAAUGUUUUCACUUUGGCUUUGGCUUCCGGGGACCUUUGGACUGGCGGCAUGGAAACAACCGUUACAACAUUGAGAUGGGCACUGGCCUACUUGCUCUAUUACCCUGACGUUCAAGAAAAAUGCUACGAAGAAAUAUUCAAGGUGUUCGGUAGCGAACAACCGUGCUAUGCUCGUCGAAAGCAACUACCGUACGUUGAAGCCACUAUUACAGAGGUGCAACGAGUCGUCAAUGUCCUACCUUGGGCUAUACCUCACAGAACGAUAGAAGACGUUGAGAUAAUGGGAUUUUUCUUAACGAAAGGCACGGUGGUUUUACCACAGUACGGAACGGUGUACUACGACACACGUUAUUUUCCGGAGCCAGAAAAAUUCAGACCGGAAAGGUAUUGA